AUGGAGGUACAGGCGAGGCCCCACGUGGGGAAGGGAGGAUGUGCCUCUUCGAAAGCCCCGCUGCUGCUUGCAGCGCUCGCUUCCGUGGCCAGCUUCUGGGUGCUGGACAGGGAUGCUGGUGCACCCAGCGCCAUGGUCUCCAGUCCAGUGUGGAGUCAGGGCCGUGAGGCCAGGCUGUCGAAGCUGCCACGGCAAGCCGACCCGAAUCAGUGGACCAUGCUGCGGGACCUCUCCAAGAAGCAGAUGCCCAGGAAGCCGCCGUUCAUCGCGAUCAACCUCCUGAACAAGAUCACUCGCAUGAAUAAGGAGGGGAAGAAGGAAACCAUCCGAGUCUUCAGCCGGCAGUCCACAAUCAUACCAGCCAUGAUCGGCCACACCUGCGCAGUACACAAUGGCAGGGAGUUUGUUCCCAUUGUGAUCAACGAAGGGAUGGUGGGCUUCAAACUGGGGGACUUUGUGCCGACGCACACCUUCACCUCGCAUCCCAAGCAGGCUAAGGUGACCAAGUACAGAGGACGAUGA